AUGCGACCAAGGGCCUCUCUGACCUACCUGACAGGCAGCAGGUGCGACGAGGAACCAGCCAGUGGAGACGGCACUUGGAGGGUGGGUAUCGAACUCUGUGCAGAGACCAUCAGAUUACCAGCACCACCAGCGGAAUCCAAGUCCGGUGCUGGCGGCGGGACCGGCGGAUUUGAGACGCCACUCACG